UCGUGUUGAUUGCAUCGUCGCGAGUGAUUCGAGCAAAGGUUGGAGUGUUAUUUAGCAAGAAUUUGCUGCAAACUAAGAUACAAGUGCUGCAUUGUUGUACGUUAUAGUUGCAAAAGCAUAUAAUUCCCCAGAGCUCUGUUUAAACGCAUUUAGCUACACUAGCCGUAGAAGAUGAGCAAGUCCACAGGCAGUGCUCCGCCACAAUUCACGUAUGUGCCGCCACCAUCGGCACCACCCUCCUACCAGGAGGCCAUGGGUGGAGUUAAGCCGGUGGGACCAUACACGCCCAUACCGGCGCCCGCCGCGGUGGCCACAAAUGCCACAAUUGUGACCACAGUGGUGCCAAUUAGUCGCACAUCCACACAUAUGAUAUGUCCGUCCUGUCAUGCGGAAAUCGAGACAACUACACGCACGGAACCCGGGAUGAUUGCCUAUCUGUCCGGCUUUGUUAUUGCCUUGCUGGGCUGCUGGCUGGGCUGCUGCCUAAUACCCUGCUGCAUUGACGACUGCAUGGAUGUGCAUCACACGUGCCCCAACUGCAAGGCCUAUUUGGGUCGCUAUCGUCGAUAAAUCUGGAAGCGAAACUUCAAUCUGAAUUGCGGCGAGUUGCUGCUGGGCAGUUUUAAACUUAAGCGAACGUUUGUCUAAUUUGUACUAUUUAAAUGAACGAUAUUGCGUUUCUCGUUCCACGAACUGGAAUGGAAAUGAAAAGGCAGACGCAAUUGCUUACAAUUGUGUUCAUUUGUAAACGUUUUCCCAAAUCUUACGCGCAAUCUAUAUGCUUUAUUGCUCAAAUUGGCACACCUCUAUAUUUUUUGGUCAAUUUAGUUUCAAAUGUAUAUUGUUUAAAUUAUAAGUAACUAUAAUGUGCUCGAAAGACUAAUGAUGUAUUUCAAAUAAAUUUGAAAGCCCCCGAA